AUGGCAGUCCUGCUAUCGGAGGUUCAGACGUACUACGGCCUUGCCGUGCUGGCGGCGAUCCUGGUCGUCGUCCAGCCCUCUCGCGCGGCUUUCGAUUCCCUCCUCGACUUGAUGGAGGGCUUUGGUAACGUGCUCCUUGUUUCUUCCCCGAUGGCAGUACUCUGCUGCCUCUUCCUCCUCCUCUUCCCCCUCCUCCUCCCCGACCGGGUCCGACCCCCGCCGGUCAUAACAGAUGCGGCGAGUGUCGCUCUGCUCUUCCUGGCGUUCCUCCCCGGUUUCCUCCUUUGGUUGUUCAUCAUGCUAGUUCACGAUGUGGUUCGUAACGUAGGGAUGUUCAACGCGUUUGUCGACUCGCUUCUCGCCGACCACGAGGUCCGAACGACACUCGAGUUAGAAUACGCCAAGCUGCGGGCCCGGUACAACAAGCAGGUGGCAGCCAUCGACGGCUUGAACAAAGAGGUCGCCGGCAUUUGCAACGAGUACUACAGGCGCUGGAGGGAAUUCCCGACAGUGUUUGUGCUGCGAAGUCAUUGCUGGGUCAGGCCCGCCGAGUUCGAGCACGUUGAGUGGCGGCAACCUUGGACGGUCGUCAGUUUGGUCAAGGCUGCGAAGGCAGCAAUCUUUCAAGGCGCGACAGAUCCCAGAGUCGCCUUCUAUCUCCGGCAAACCCGGCAACUGCGCGCGGCUGUUCAAGACAACCAAGAAAGGAUUUGGCAACUUAAGCAAAUCCUCGCCAACGAACGGUCCGAGCUCCUCGACUUCACCGACAAGAUCGAAGAGCACAGGCACAAGCUGGCCCGCGAAGCGGCCGAGGCUCAGGCCGAGGCUCGCGAACGUGACAAGCGCUGGAGACAGGAGGAACGCUUGAGAACGUUGCCCGGCGCCGCUCGCGCGGCAGGGAGGAACCCGAUGGAGAUGUGGUCGGUGCCGCCCACCCCAACGCCAUCCCAGCCUCUCGGUGCGCUGCAAUUCAGCAGCUUCGGUCGCCUCCCUCAGGUUGAGGCAAGCAGCCCGGUCCCAGCUCUCCCGCCGGCUGCUCCCGCUCCUGAGGUCCUCGAGACGACCGACGACAACGACAAUCAGACUGCGCUGGUCCUUGCAGUGGAAGCCCUGUCCCCCCCGGCUCCUGCGACAAUCGACUCCCGGGAGUCGCAGCAAGACGCAGUCUUGGUCGUUGCGGCGCCCGAGACGGUCGACAUCACCAUGGUCGACUACAUGUCUGAGGCGGAUGAGUCAGACGACGAUGCGAGCAUGAUGGACUGGAGCAUGACGGAUGCGCCAGUGCUCGAGCUUGUUGAGGAGAUUGAGACGGACCAGAUUCUCGCCAUCGACUAUCAACCUCAACAACCCAGUCUUCUUCCGGCGGCGGAGGCAGCACUGGCAGCUCUGGUUCUCGCUCCGGCUCCGGCACCAGCACCAGUUCCAGUUCCGGCACCAGUUCCAGUUCCGGCACCAGUUCCAGUGCCAACGCCAACUCGGGUUGCGGCUCCCCCAACCUUCCCUCCUCUCGAGUGCUUCUCGCCGACCACACCGGUCAAGAAGCAGCCAAGAGAGUGGAGGCCCUUCCCGAGUUGCGCGGAUCUGGCUGCUGCGCUGCCCGUCCUGCCCAAGAAGCUCAGCAUCCCGGACCUCCCCGCGCCCGGCACGUCUCUCGCGGUCAACACCACGGCUCCAGGAUCUGUUUCGGCAACAGCGAUUCCCGGCCUUUCCCUCUUGGUCUCCUCUCUGGCCAUCACCGCCACCCCCACGGCUCCGGUUGUUACGGCUCCGGUUGUUACGGCUCCGAGUGUCCCGGCCCCGACUGUCCCGGCCCCGACUGUCCCGGCCCCGACUGUCCCGGCCCCGACUGUUCCUGUUCGCGUUCCUGCCCGCCCGGUGCAGGUUCAGUUCGCCGCCUCGACCUCGGCUCCAGUCCCGGUCAAAGUUUCUGCACGCCCUGUCCAGGUCCAAUUUCCGGCCCAGGCCUCAGCUCCGGUCGCAACUCGUGUUGUCCCUACUCCUGCUCCUGCCCCCACCCCUGUGUCGGCCCCUACCGAAGACACAGCCAUGGAGCUUGAGGAGGUUCAGAAGCCUCGAGUUCCGGCUAAGGUCCCUGCGCGCCCGGUGCAGGUUAACUUCCCGGCAGCUCCUGUCCCUACCCCUGUGUCUGCCUCUUCAGAUGACACAGCCAUGGAGCUUGGAGACUCAGCCCCAACCGCCACAACGGCUCUUGUGCCAACCCCUGCUCCUCUCCCAACCACUGUGUCGGCCCCUGCAGAAGACACAGCAAUGGAGCUUGGAGAGGCUCAAGCUGCUCCCGAGGCGUCCAAGUCAAGUCAAGAACCGGCUUCUGCCACUUCCGCUGGUCCUUCUCAGGACACGCAGUCCGCCAACCCGGGCUCUUCAGCUUCUGGCUUUGGGAUGAAGCCGAAAGAGACCCGGUUCAAACCGAAGGUGCCGCAGCAGAGAGCGACAACAUCGAACGCAACUGAGGCCAAGGCCGAAGUUGCCGCCAAGCCCUCUGCACCCGCUCCCUCCCGCCCGCGAUACAAGGUCCCAACUCCCCCUCCGGCCUCUCCUCCGCGCGCUUCGGCACAAACUCAGGCCUCUAAGAAUGAGUUUGUCCCCAAGACGCCGUCGCCGCCGAGGAUGCCUUCAGGGACUUUCACCUUCACCCCGCCGCCGCCGCCGGUGAAGGGAAAGGGACUUAUGUAUCCGGAAGCUCGGGUUGGACCGGGGCGGCCACCUUCGCCGGACUCGGUGCCGAAGAAGGAGAUCAGCGCAGCCGACCUCGUCUAUCCUACCUUGCGCCAGGAUCGUCAGGGACCGUCGUCUAAUCUGGUGCGCCCAGAUCACGGUCCGUCGGGGUCUCAGUCAGUGUUCAGCGUCGACACGCCCCUGUCUUCCAGCCAACCCACCAAGACAGGCUCAGCGACGAAGAAGUCUGGCGCUGACAUUGACCUGGACAUGAUCGAUCCUGCCUUGCGCGGAGGAGCAGACCAGGGCCCGUCUGCGUCGACCACCCCGUUCAGCUUCAACGCGCCGCCGCCCCCGCCGCCGCCUUCGACAAGCCAACCCGCGAAGGUGGCAGGUCCCGCGACGAAGAAGUCUGACACGGUAGUCAACCCCGCCCUGCCCGCGCCCAGCAACUCUCUUAAGAGAGCCAAGCCUUCCAAGCCUCGGACCGUGACGACAAAACCCCCUGCCACGGCAGAGUUCAACUUUGAAUUCCGCCCCAUCGCAGUGCCCAAGUCGCGGCUGGGCAAGGGCAAGCUCGACGCAGCGCCCACUCCGGCACCGUUCGGCCUUCCGCUGCUGGCGCAAGCCCAAGCUUCCCUCGGCUUGCUGCCCGACGCUGGACCAUCGUCUUCCUCCAGCUCCAUGCAGAUCGACAACAAGCGCCCCGCACCCGAAUCUUCAAGUUCCGCCUCUGACGAGGACGACUCCGAUGCAUCCACGGAUGAGGAGGAGUUGGCCUUCUCUGGCGAGCGGCUGCGGCGCAUCAUGGAGCUGAUGAUCCAGCGCAGCGGCAACGUGCUGCGGAAGAAGAGUGUCGCGCAGGACUGGAUCCUGAAGUGGCAGCGCGGCACCCUCCUCAAUCUCGGCCAGCUUAUUGGGCCUCAGCUCGACGACAAGCAGUAUCUGCCGCACGAAGCGGCGCAGCUGGUUCGGACCUUCUUCCUGAGAGAGCUCCAGCGGCGUCUUGACGGUCCGUCGGCUUCGGUCAAGAAUGAUCUGCUCGAGCGGCUGUCCAUGAUGGCGGAGGACUAUAAGCUCGAGCUGGGAGAGAUGAGGAUGGGGCCGGCGGAUUGA